AUGUCAGAACUUGAUGGAGAACGGAAUCAGGGGGCCCCAAACUCAGGAAAUAAUCGAGUAUUGAGUUCAGGAAAUAGUUUGACCGAAUCUAGACAGUCGUUCACCAAAGCACCAACUCAUGCAUUUGACAACACCAGAGUUAAAUCGUACAGUCAUAAAGCAAAUAUAAUACCCCCAUAUGUGUUGGAUACGUUAUCGCAGGCACAUUACAAGGACCAAUUAAACAAUACGAAUGUAAAUAGCAAUCAGCCGGACCCCAAUCCAUCACUCAAGACGUCUCAUUCGAAAAUUGAUGAUGAAGAACAGUAUUUGAGUUUCUCCAACGACCCAUUUGUCAAAUCGAUGAAUAAUAACUGGCACAAUCUUUUGCGGUCGGUAGAACAGCGUCCAGCAUAUGCUCCGGGGAGAAUGAAGUUGGACGACGAUUUCAACACCGAUUGGAAGUUGGAUGGUCCAUGGGGAGGAGAGGAUAGACUAAAGACGGCGUUGUUGGGCCAAUCUUCCGCAGAAGAGGACACAUAUAUUGCAGAUGAUAUUGGGUGUUUUGGGUGUUUCGGCAAAAAUAAAGACGAAACACUGGACCACGAUCAUCCUAAGGUGAGGUCGAAGGCUGGAUACUGGAUGUCGGACGAAAAGAGAAAAGACGUGGUUCCAAUAUUAAAGAGGAUAUUCGUCCAGAACCCUCUUGUACCGCUUCUCUUAAGAAUAUUGAUUAUAUGUUUCUCUACAUGUGCCUUGGCCUUUGCAUGCUCGAUUUUCGUUCUUUCCAGACAUAAGUACGAUGGAAGCACCGUCGAACAACAACCCAGUACCAUAAUGGCCAUCGUGGUUCAAUGCUGUGCCAUUGUAUAUCUUAUCUAUAUUUCCUACGAUGAAUACAGUGGGAAGCCUCUAGGGUUAAGAAAUCCGUUGGGCAAAAUGAAGCUUAUUAUGCUUGAUUUAUUAUUCAUCAUAUUUUCUUCCGCAAACCUUUCCUUAACAUUUAAUACCCUCUACGAUGGUGAAUGGGUUUGCCAAAAUGACGAUACACCAGAGUUGAGAUCCCUUGGUAUUUUUACACCUAUAGUGAGUUCCAUAUGUCGAAGACAAAGGGCUUUAGCAGCCUUUUUAUUUUUGGUGCUAUGUUUAUGGGUCUUGACUUUUACAAUAAGUAUAAUUAGGGUGGUAGAUAGAGUUAGUGUAUCACCCAGAAACGAUUGA